AUUGUACUAUGGGAUUGGCGGUUGCUUACUUUAUAAGUGUACUCGUCGAGUCAUUUGUGCUUUGUACGCCAGUGCAAUAUAAUUGGGAUAAAAGCAUACCAGGCAAAUGUACGAACCAAGACCAAGCCUACCUUGGCGCCGGCAUUACGAAUCUAAUUAUCGAUGCUUUCAUCGUCAUUCUCCCCAUGCCGAUGGUAUUCAGACUCCGAAUGCCAUGGCCGAAGAAACUUAGCAUUGCUGCAAUGUUUAGCCUUGGGGCCAUAAUAUGCAUCUUAUCACUCCUCAGAAUCCUUUCUGUUUUGGCGUGGGAUUUGACUGAUAUCACCUAUUCGAACGUUAGACUUAAUAUUUACUCUGAGCUCGAACCCACCCUCGGAGUUGUGAAUGCUUGCCUCCCAACAAUCAAACCUGCACUCAAUUUCAUAUUUGGGACAAGCAAACGUCGAACCACCCGAAAUGUUGGUGACUUUAACAACUCCAAGCCAACUUCACGACAAGAAGGCAGGAAGAUAUUAAUAUCCGACAACACCCACGAUGAUGGCUAGCUGAUUGGAGGGC